GACAAGAAGAUCCUGGAACUCAUGUCCAACAUCAUCCAGCUGCUGACUGGAGAGGUUGCCAUAAGGACUCAUCAUGUUUCCAUCUAUUUUUCCUUGGACGAGUGGGACUAUAUAAAAGGAAACAAGGAACUUUACGAGGAAGAGAUAAAGGUGGAUCCCCAACAGCUCUGCCCACUGGCAGCCUGUGAAUAUAAAGAUGACAGCAAUGUUACAGCACAUAUGGAAGCAACUUUAUGCUGUAAUAAUAAUAUUAACAACAGAAAUCAUAUAAACCCUGAAAUUUCUCCAGUGGAACAGCCCCCACCAGGCAAUGGUAUUAAAGAGGAAGCGACUUCAAGUGAAGGGGGAAACCAGAUUACAUCAUCAGAUUACAGCAUUAAUCCAUUUGCAGAACAGAUAAAGGGAACAGAUACACCUACUCCUAUCAUGGGAUGCAGCCUGAAUAACAUCUUGGCAGCUAAUUAUAUAUUAAAUGGUAUUAAUGAGCAGUCAGCUUCAUGGGAAAGUGGGAACCAAUCAAAUUACAGCAUUAAUCUACUUACAGAACAGAUACAGAGAACAGAUACACCUACUCCUAUCAUGGGAUGCAGCCUGAAUAACAGCUUGGCAACUAAUUAUAUAUCAGAUGGGAUUAAAGAGGAAGUGGUUUCAUGUAAAGAAGGAAACCAAUCAGAUUACAGCAUUAAUCCAUUUACAGAACAGAUACAGGGAACAUAUAUCCCUACUCCUAUCAUGGGAUGCAGUCUGAAUAACACCUUGGCAGAUAACUAUAUAUUAAAUGGUAUUAAUGAGCAGUCAACUUCAUGGGAAGGAGGAAGCCAAUCAGAUUGCAGCAUUAAUCCAUUUACAGAACAGAUACAGAGAACAGAUACACCUACUCCUGUCAUGGGAUGCAGUCUGAAUAACAGCUUGGCAGAUAAUUAUAUAUUAAUUGGUAUUAAUGAGCAGUCGGUUUCAUGGGAAGGAGGAAACCAAUCAGAUUGCAGCAUUAAUCCACUUACUGAACAGAUACAGGGAACAGAUACACCUUCUCCUAUAAUGGAAUGCAGCCUCUUAAAAAUGAAGGCUAAUAAAUAUGAUGGAAAUCCAUACUGGUCACCAAAAAAUAUAUUACGUAGAAAAUACAGUUGCAAUGAGGGCCAUAAAUAUCUGAUUCACAAGAGAGACUUUGAUAAACAUCAAAUGACCCACAAAAGACAGAAAUCUUUUUCUUGUUCUGAAUGUGGGAAAUGUUUUGCCUCUUCAUCAGAACUUACUGUCCAUCUAAGUCAAAUGCACACAGGGGAGAAACCUUUUUCCUCUUCAUCAGGACUUACUGCCCAUCAACAAGGAGCCCACAUGAAGGGAAAACCUUUUUUCUGUUCUGAAUGUGGGAAAUGUUUUUCAAAACGAUGUCACUUUGUUCGUCACCAAAUGAUUCACACAGGAGAGAAACCUUUUUCUUGUUCUACAUGUGGGAAAUGUUUUUCAGAUCGAUCUCACCUUACUCGUCAUCAAAGGAUUCACACAGGAGAGAAACCUUUUUCUUGUUUUGAGUGUAGUAAAUGUUUUUCAAACCCAUCUAGUCUUGCCCGUCAUCAAAUGACUCACACAGGAGAAAAACCUUUUUCUUGUUUUGAGUGUAAGAAAUGUUUUUCAAACCCAUCUAGCCUUGCCCGUCAUCAAAUGACUCACACAGGAGAGAAACCUUUUUCUUGUUCUGUAUGUGGGAAAUGUUUUUCAGAUCAAUCUUGCCUUACUCGUCAUCAAAUGAUUCACACAGGAGAGAAACCUUUUUCUUGUUCAGAAUGCGAGAAAUGUUUUUCAAAGCAAUCUAGCCUUGCUUGUCAUCAAAGGACUCACACAGGAGAGAAACCAUUUUCUUGUUCUGAGUGUGACAAAUGUUUUGCCACUUCAUCAAAACUUAUUGUCCAUCGGAGAAUCCACACAGGAGAGAAACCAUUUUCCUGUUCUGAGUGUGGGAAAUAUUUUUCAAAUCAUUCUCACCUUGCUCAUCAUCAAAUGAUUCACACGGGAGAGAAGCCAUUUUCUUGUUCUGAGUGCGGAAAAUUUUUUGCCUCUUCAUCUGGACUUACUGCCCAUCAACAAGAAACCCACAUGAACGUAAAACGUUUUUUCUGUUCUGAAUGUGGAAAAUGUUUUUCAAAACGAUCUCACUUUGCUCGUCAUCAAAUGACUCACACAGGAGAGAAACCUUUUUCUUGUUCUGCAUGUGGGAAAUGUUUUUCAGAUCGAUCUCACCUUACUCGUCAUCAAAUUAUUCACACAGGAGAGAAACCUUUUUCUUGUUUUGAGUGUAGGAAAUGUUUUUCAAAUCCAUCGAGCCUUGCUCGUCAUCAAAUGAUUCACACUGGAAAAAAACCUUUUUCUUGUUCUGUUUGUGGGAAAUGUUUUUCAUAUCCAUCUUACCUUACUCGUCAUCAAAUGAUUCACACAGGAGAAAAACCUUUUUCGUGUUCUGAAUGUGGUAAAUGUUUUGUCUCUUCAUCACAACUUGCAGCUCAUCGUCAACGAACCCACAUGGAGAAGAAACCUUUUUCUUGUUCUUAAUGCGGGAGGUUUUUUUUAAAACUGAUCAUUAUAGAACCCACACUGGAGAGAAACCAUUUUCUUAUUCUGAAUGUGGGAAAUUUUUUACAAAUCAGCCAAACUUUUCUUUUACAUUGAUUAUAUUUUAAUAUGCCUUUCAGUAUUUACAGAGAUGAUGAAACACUGUGUUUAAUAAGCAGUUCAUCAUAGGACAAUUCUUAGACCAAUACUGUCCAAACUGUUGGCUGAUGGGACACUGACCAUUGGUAAGACUUGUGUACGAUAAUUACUCUUCCCUCACCCUUGGAAACGGAGGAAACCUAAUUUAAUUUGAGACUAUAGCUCAGCCUCCCACCAACAGACAAUAUUCAGUGUUUUAUUGAACAAGAAGGGUCAUAUCCCAAGACAUUAGAGACUCCAUGGAUAUCACUUUGGCAGGUGUGUUUUACUAAUGCUUUCACAUUGGAUAACGUAAUGGAGAUAUACCCAGCUGGGAAUGACUUGUCAGUUAUAUAUGUGUUUACUAUAAAUUAGAAGGGGGAAAUACAUGUUUAAAUAUGUAUCACACAAAUAUAAAA